CAAUUAGCUUAUUUUAAGUUUGCAGGUUUUUAUGUACAUCAUUUUUCCAUCAAGGGAUACAGAAAAAAUAAUGCAGUAAUGCAAUAAUAAUGCUACACAUGAUAACCUGCACAGAAAGCUUUCUAGAGCUUCCAGACUCCAGACCUAAUAGGACUUCCAGACCUAUUAGCCAUUACUGAAUUCUAUUUUUUUCGGGUUAUUUGCUUAGUUUUCUGAUUGUGACAUAGCACGAAUAUUCAUUCCACAGAGCAGACAUUUUUGUUUUGGUUUCCAGUGUGAAAGAAAGGAAGAGGCGGGGCACUACACCACACACGGGGUUGCGCAAUAGUACGAUCAUUUCUGUAAUCGGCAUUGAUCGGCACAAGCUUUGUUGCAUCCAUGGAAUAAUACACAAAUCACUUAAAACUGUGUGUUAUUUUCGCUAAAUUCUUACAUAUAUUUCCAAUUUGAACUGACUUACAUACAUUACACGUCAACAGUACAACCACAGAUCCCAGUGCAGUGUUACGCCAGUGUGAUGCUUUUAUUGUCUUUUAACCAAAUCCUCCCACUUGUCUGCUCACAAAGUGUCAGAAGAGGAAGGGGUUUGCCGAAGGAAACAGGCUUUUGGUUAAAGUGACAUGUCAUUUCCUGGUUGCUGGCUCCACGUUAAGGACGCUAGAUAGUAUGCAUAAGCGCUCAUCAGACGAGGAAUGAGUCUCCGAGCUGCAAGGCGGCCAUCGCUUACCUCUGAGAUUCAGCCUCAUACCAUGAAAGAUGGACUGGCUGCUAAGUCCAUGCCUGCUGAAAGAUGUGGGCUAUCUGCGGCAGUGGCUUGAGGGGUUUGUGGCAUCCUUUGAGAGGCUCAUUGACGUGCACUCGCUGGAGCCUCGGAGGCCGGAGGAGUGCAGCUCCGACGUGCCCCAGCUCCCCAAGGAGGUUCUUGUGUUCCUCAGCACGCAGCUUUGGCAGAGUGCGGUGCACCUUACCGGCAGCCAUGACCGCAACAACAGCGUCCCGCACCCUCUGCUACUCGUCAAGUUCUUCAUCAUCGUUUGCAGAACCAUGGAGAACAUUGACGGGGACAGGACGCCUCCUUUUGUUUUUGAAUCUAUAAAGCUGCUGGAUUUCUGUUUGCACCAGAUAAAGAACGGACAAGGCGACCAGUCGGCUUUGCUGUCGGUCGUGCAGUACGGCCUCGUGCUGUGCGAGAGUGUCUUUGACCCUUAUCAGACGUGGAGACGACGACUGGCGGGGGAGGAGGUGAGCAUGAUGGAGAGAAGCAAGUACAAGUUCUCCCCACUUCCUCUGCCAGAGGAGCUGACUGCUCUUUUCCACGAAAGUCUGCAGGACAGCGAGAAGCUACCAGAGCUGCUUACGCUCAGGCUGGUUCAUCUCCAAGGAGCUGUCAUCAGCGGGGGGAAGGUCUGUCUGUCGCCGUAUCCUCAUCAUCAUCAUCGUUUAUUACUGUCUGAUUCUGAAUCCGAUGACAAAGGAUCAUCUUGUUUUAUGCGUUUCUUCCAGAGGAAUGGCCUCCUCGCCGUCACCCCUCACUCGGUUGAGGACCUCUUCUCCGUGCUGCAAUCCUGGUGCUGCCGGGCGUCCCGUCACUUCAAGGACACGUUACUCCCGCGGCUGACUUUGCAGUGCUUGACGGCCAUGAUCCACCUGGUGCAUUUUAGCAGCCCGUCAGAGCGCCAAGUGGAGAUCAGGACCGUACUGGAGAGCUUCUUCCAGCUUCUCAACUGGAACCGACCGCUGAGCAUCGAGCAGCAGGACGGGCAGAACUCUGAGGAGAGUCUGAUCUCCCUUCAGAGCCUGAUGCUGACCGCCGUUCCCGAAAUCCUGCAGUGCUCGGAUCGACCCGCGUUACAGGCGGUCUUCCUGAACAACAACUGCUUUGAACACAUCCUGCGGCUCAUACAGAACAGCAAGCUCUUUCAGAGCAACCGGUUAAGGCCGGCAAGUGAGUGCGACCUCACUACAAGUUUACUCACAGAGGUCAAAAUGGACCAGGUGCUGGAGCGGGGAUCGGACAGCAUCACGGUGCACGCUUUAGGAGUCCUUACAGCCAUCAUGAGUAGUUCUCCAUCUGCCAAGGAGACUUUCAAGGAGAGGAUCGGCUACUCCCAGCUCUUUGACGUGCUCAAGAGUCAAGGUCACCCCACGAAAAGGCUGCUCCAGGAGCUGAUGAACAUGGCAGUGGAGGGCGAGUACGCCCACGCAUACCACUUAGGCAUCAGCAACGAUCAACCCCUCCUGCUGCUCCUGCAAUGGCUCCCUGAGCUCCACGGCCAGAGGGAGCUUCAGCUGCUGGUGGCGCAGUGGCUAGCCACCGUAUGCGGGGGAUCGCUGUCUUGUCGGACCGUGGCGGUGGAAGCGGGCAUGGUCGGCGCUUUAUUACAAGUUCUUUCGCAGCCGCAGGACUUGGACAGGCAGUGUGCAGACGCACUGCUGGGUCUCCUGCAGGAUUUGGGUUCGCUGUGCGUGAGGCCCGAGGAACUAAAAAGCCUCAUCAGGUUGCUCAGAGUGGACCAGAACUGCGUGCAUCCCUUCUGCACUCGUAUCAUCCAAGUGCUGUCGGCGAUGGCGGCACGAGAAGGUCGUGACGGCGCGUUGCAGUACUUUGAUCUAUCACCCCCCAUGGCGGGUAUCAUGGUGCCAACGGUGCAGCGAUGGCCCGGCAGCGGCUUCGCCUUCCACGCUUGGCUCUGCCUCAAUAUGGAGUUCCCUUCUUAUCAGGCUGAGGACAAAACCCCCACUAAUUCUGCCACAGCGAGCCAACACGACAUGGGAAAAGGACCUCGCAGGAAGCAGCUCUACAGUUUCUUCACAGCUAGCGGAACUGGCCUGGAAGCCUUCUUCACAAUGGAGGGUGUGCUGGUCGUGGCUGUUUGCACUAAGAAGGAUUACAUGGCUGUCGCGCUGCCAGAACUCCCACUAGCUGACUCACGCUGGCAUUCAGUGGCCGUAGUCCACAUUCAAGGCCGUCGUCCUUUUGGUCAGAACCUGGUCAACGUCUUCAUUGAUGGAGAGCUGUAUAAAACCGCACAGCUUCGAUUUCCAUCCUUGAGUGAGCCGUUUACGUCCUGCUGCAUCGGCUCUGCGGGCAACCGCACCACCACCACGACCACCUCACCUAAUCUACCUACAUCUGUAUCCUCCGGACAAUCCCCUGAAUUUACCUUUCCCGCUCACGGCCCUUCCCUCCUCCGCUCCCAGUCCUUCCCAGCCUCCACAAGAGGACCCUGGGGCUCUUUAAGUGACCCCCCUGUGCGCACCAUCCCAGCCGGACUGCAGGACACCGUAUGGGGAACGCCGAGUUCUCUGGACGGCCUCCUGGGUGCUGCUUUUAUCUGCCAUGAGUCUCUGCAGCAGGCCCAAACCAGAGCGCUAUACGCUGCAGGUCCCAAUUAUGUUUCCUUAUUCAAAGCGGAUGGAGAAAUGUCGGAUCUUAAUGGCAAGCUUUUGCUCUACUACACUCCUCAGGCAUUCAAGAGCCAAAUAUGUCAGGAUCUGUCUCCAAAUCAUCAAUACGACGGCAGGCUAACGGGACACAGAGUCGUCAACUGGGACAUUAAGGAUGUCAUCAAUGUGGUGGGGGGCAUCGGGGUUCUGCUGCCCCUCCUUGAGCAAGUCUGCGAGGCCGAGCAGGCUUACAACAGCAGUCAGGAGAUUUCAGACCUGCUCGGACCUGAGCUGACGUCCUCGCGAGGCCCGGCCGCCAUGUUGUUGCCGCUCAACCAGUCUUCAGAAUCAAGACUGGAGAGGAACAGCAUCGCCGCCUACCUCCUGAUGCUGAAGAACAUGAUCCGCCGUCACCCUGUCAAUCAGGAAGCUCUGCUGCAGUGCCACGGGCCCAGCAUCAUCGGAGCCAUGUUGUGUAAAGUUCCCGGCAGCAUGAUGGACAUGAAUGUGUUGAUCGCAUGUCAGCUGUUACUGGAGCAGGUUUGCAACGAGGGAAACAGUCCGCUUCUGCAGCAGCUCUACCAGCACCUGCUGUUUGAUUUCCGGAUCUGGACCAAAAGCCAUGCUGCUGUUUGUCAGGCUCAUGUGCGAUACAUCUCCACGGUGAUACACAAAGGAAAGCAGCGUUUAAAAAGGAAGUAUGGAGUCCAGUACAUACUGGACACCAUUCGCACGUACUACAGUGUAGAAAAAGAUGGCGGCUCUCUCUCGGAUGACAAGCAGAACAUACAGACGUCUCUGUUUGAGCUCCUCAAAGACUUCCUCAAGUCUCCAACACCUGAGGAGCUUCACAGCGUCCUCGCUUACAUGCUUUGUGCAGGAGAGGAAGAGCAGGUGGUGAAGGCCCUGGACGUGCUGUACGAGCUGUUGCGGAGCAGCCCUCCUCGUGAGCAGGUUCAGGCCGUGCUGCUGGAUUGGGGAGUGGAGCAGUUUUAUAGUCUACUGCUCAACACGAGCUUCGGAGAUCGAGCCCGAGAGAGAGUGUUCAGGGUUUUAUAUAAAAUCCUCAAAAGCGAGCGUGUAUCCGAACGCAACAAGCAACGCAUCAAACUUAAGGACUUUGGCUAUCUCGGAUUGGUGUUUUUCCUUGAAGACAUUCCCGUAACCAUGACAACGGUGCGAUGUCUGUACGAGCAGGUCCUCGCUACAGAUCCGAGUCCGAACUUCAGAGACCUCCUGGCUGUGGUGUGUCUGUCCCACCGCGCUGACCUCACUGUCCGCUUGGACGUCUGUCGCAAGCUCUUCCACCUCAUCUACUCCAGUGAGGACUACGUGAAGCAGCUCGCCAAACAGCCCGCAUGGCAGGAUAUCCUCACUAAGCUCUACGUCAAAGAGUCGUACGAAUCCUACGCUGCUAGCAUUGCGGAAUCCAAAUCCAUCGAUCCCAGUUUCCGGCCUCCGUUGCGUCGAGAGCAGAAUCUCAUCAUCGAGGAUGCCCAGGCGGACAUCUUCCUGGGGUACGGCACCUCUCAGGAGGAGGAGGAUGACGAUGACGAUGAAGAGGACUCCCGUCAACGGGAUAUCUCCGAGGGGUUCUCAGAUUUAUCCCAAUCGCCGCCUAUUGGAGUCGAAAACCAGAUGAAGAACUUUCCGGGUUCAAUCCAAUUCAAGUCGUUUGAUUCGGCGGACCAGGAGAGUCACACGUCCUCCCUCUCCAGUUCCGUCAAUGUGGUCGAUCUGGCUUUGCCUCGCCCCGACGACGAAGGCAGGGAUUAUCAUCCGCUCUCCCCGUUUGGAACGUCGCCUUUUGACUUGGAAUUGUGCAGCAUGGGGGAGAACACGCCAACCACGCCUUCACCUUUGGAGCACUGCAAGCCAUUCCCGGCACUAAGACCGAGAAAGAGCUCCAGUCUCUCCAACGUUCUGGACCACUCCAGUUACGGUACAGAUCCUCCGACGGCAGACACCAUCUCCAACACGUCCAACCCGCAGCAGACGCCAGAAGAGGAGCUGUGCAACCUCCUCACCAACAUCAUCUUCUCCGUGCUUUGGAGUGGAAGCGGGGCGGACGGGCCUGAAGAUGUGGUCUGGAGAGAGAGGGGGCAGGUUUUUUCUGUUCUCACUAAACUGGGUUCCUCCUGCCAACUGGUCCGUGCGCCUGAUGACAUCAAACGCAGUCUGCUGGAGAUGAUGCUGGAAUCGUCUUUGUCCGAUCUGAGGGACGCACAAGGAGUCUUCCUGCCUUUCUGUCCCAGCCUGGUGAGACUCCUCCGACUCCUGCAGGACUUCCUCUUUGCAGAGGGGACAGACAAUCGCUCUCUGUGGAGUGAAAAGAUCUUUGAGGGGGUGGUGAACCUGCUGGACAAGUUGCAGGCCUGGCACAGCACCCCUGGCACCCCCGCCAGCACCGAACUGAAGGAAAUGUCACAAAUCGGCCUGCGGAUCAUCACCGGCUACAUCCAGCAGCAACAUUCACAGGUGUGUGUGAUGGCCUUCGUGAAGCUGCACAGCCUUCUACAAACCGUCUUGUGUCUCAGCUGGGAGGAGGUGUGCUUCCUUUUGGGCCGCCUCGGUGCCCCCUUGUGGCCGGAUAAGGAGACCCCGAGCGACAACAGUGAGCACGCAGAGAUGUUCUCCCAGUUGGUCCCGGUCGUGCGUGCGCUCCUGGACCAGCAUGCAGAUCCGGUGACAGUUCAGAAGCUGCUCCCUAAUCUGCCCAUCACCAAUGGCAGCACCACCUUCGCCCAGGACCUGAAGUCCUACAGCCAUACAUUGGAAUGGCAAGGCUUUUACCAGCAGCAGGUUCAACCCACAAUGGAGCAGUACGAGCUGGACACAUUUGGCCGGAGCCACGACAUCAUGUCCAAUUUCUGGAAUUCCUGCUUCGACGACCUCAUGAGUACGGCCUUCAAACGGGACAAAGACAGAUCGGACAGCAAAGCAAAGUUCCAGGAAAUGAUCGUCGACCCCUACCUGAAGCGCGUCCGCAGCGAGAACGGCCGCUACAUCAGUUGGCAGAAGCAGAGCUCCGGCCAGCAGGGGGUGGUGUGGCAGCACUGGAAAGCUCUACGGAGGCUUUUGACCAGCGAGAGAGCGCCUUGGGCCAACAAAAUCCAACCUGAGGUCAAGUGGAUCCUGUCCAGCGCCGAGACGUAUUCAAAAAUGCGCCUCAAACUUGUCCCGAAUCACCACUACGACCCUCACACUGAGGCCAGUGCCCAGAGGGACAACAUGGGAGUGGACAGUCCACGUAGCUCCGAGCCUCUCCCUUUAGCUGUCGCUAAAGAAGCCAAAGUAAGCGACAUGGAGGACGACCAGUUAGGCGAAGAGGAUCUCGUCUUUUUAGACAACAAAGCGGAGGCAGAAGAUGAGAACCAGAAAGAGAAGCUGAUUUUGUCCGAAGACUGUGAACUCAUCACCAUCGUGGCCGUGGUCCCGGGUCGCCUGGAGGUCACCACGCAUCACCUUUACUUCUACGACGGCAGCAUUGAGAAAGAGGAAACCGAAGAAGGAAUUGGCUUCGACUUCAAGAGACCUCUCUCGCAGCUAAGAGAGGUCCAUUUGCGUCGCUACAACCUUCGGCGUUCUGCACUGGAGCUCUUCUUCAUCGACCAGGCUCACUACUUCAUCAACUUCAAAAAGAAGUUACGAAAUAAAGUCUAUUCAAGGAUUCUGGGGCUGCGACCUCCCAACCUCUUUUACUUUGGUUCUCGUUCGCCACAAGAGCUCUUGAAGGCAUCAGGCCUCACGCAGAAAUGGGUCUGCAGGGAAAUCUCCAAUUUUGAAUAUUUGAUGCAACUCAACACCAUCGCUGGACGCACUUACAAUGACCUAUCGCAAUAUCCUGUGUUCCCCUGGAUACUCUGCGACUACACCUCCCCUGUUCUGGACCUGGACGACCCGUCAGUUUUCCGAGACUUGUCCAAACCUGUCAGUGUGGUCAACCCUCGCCACGCGCAGGCUGUCAAAGAGAAAUAUGAGAGUUUUGAGGACCCCACGGGCACCAUCGACAAAUUCCACUACGGCACCCACUACUCCAACGCAGCAGGAGUCAUGCACUACAUGAUCCGCAUGGAGCCGUUCACCACGCUGCACAUCCAGCUGCAGAGCGGCAGGUUCGACUGCGCUGACCGUCAGUUCCACUCGGUGGCAGCAGCCUGGCAGGCUCGCAUGGAGAGCCCGGCUGACGUCAAGGAGCUCAUCCCGGAGUUCUUCUACUUCCCGGAAUUCCUGCAGAACAUGAAUGGCUUCGACCUGGGAUGCUUGCAAAUAUCCCAGGAUUCUGUUGAGGAUGUUCUGCUGCCUCGCUGGGCCUCAUCGAGAGAAGACUUCAUCAGAAAGCACAGGAAAGCUCUGGAAAGCGAGCACGUGUCAUGCCAUCUGCACGAGUGGAUCGAUCUAAUCUUUGGCUACAAGCAGCGAGGUGAAGAGGCAGUGAAAGCCCUCAAUGUCUUCUACUACUGCACCUAUGAAGGUGCAGUAGAUCUGGAUGCCAUUGCUGAUGAGACGGAGCGCAAGGCACUCGAAGGCAUCAUUAGCAACUUCGGUCAGACGCCCUGCCAACUCUUGAAGGAGCCUCACCCGCCUCGUAUGUCUGCUGCAAAUGCAUCGAGGCGCCAAUCUCGUCUGGAUGCACUUCCUGUCAAUAUCUUUGAUCAUCUCGAUAAGCUACGCCCGUUUGUGGAGGUGGUGAGCGAUGGUAUUUCUCUGGUCCAGGCGGUCGUACCAAAGAACCAAAAUCGGUCCUUCAUCAUCCAUGGCUCAGAUAUGCUAGUGACUGUGAGCUCAAACGGCCUGAUAGGAACACACAGCUGGCUGCCGUACGACAAGAACAUCGCCAACUACUUCACCUUCACCAAAGACCCGGCCAUUACUAAUCCCAAGACGCAGCGUUUCCUCGGCGGACCUUUCUCCCCCGGCGUAGAGCUGAGCGCUCAGGUGCUGGUGGUGUCCAACGAUGGGCGUCUGCUCUUCAGCGGAGGACACUGGGACAGCAGUCUGCGGGUCACUCAGCUGGGCAAAGGCAAGCUGGUGGGCAGGAUCUGCCGGCACAUCGAUGUUGUUACGUGUUUGGCUCUGGAUCUGUGCGGCAUCUACCUCAUAUCCGGUUCCAGGGACACGUCCUGUAUCGUGUGGCAGGUUCUACAGCAGGGCGGCUUCUCCAGCACGCUGUCUCCUCGGCCCGUUCAGGUGCUUUGUGGACACGAUGAGGAGGUCACCUGUGUGGCCAUCAGCACGGAAUUGGACAUGGCCGUCUCGGGGUCAAAGGAUGGGACCGUGAUUGUUCACACAGUCCGAAGAGGUCAAUUCCUGAGAACGCUGCGACCACCUGGUGAGCCUUCCCCCAUCUCCAAGCUCCAGGUGGGCAUGGAGGGCCACAUCGUGGUGCAGACCUCUCAGGAGAAACGCUCUAACCACGGGAAGGGCAAGUACUCCGUCCACGUUUACUCCGUCAACGGCUGUUUGUUGUCGUCCUUCGGCACGGAGGAGAGAGUGAGCGCUCUUCACCUGGUGUCGGAAUACAUCAUCUUGGGGACCGUGCAGGGAAGACUACACAUUCGACAUCUGUGCAGCCUGGAUGCCGCCAUCCCACCCUUGGCCUUGAAGGUGCCCGUGAGGAGCGUGAGCGUCACCAAAGAGAACAGCCACAUCCUGGUGGGACUGGAGGACGGGAAGCUGAUAGUGGUGGGGGCAGGGAAGCCCGAGGAGGUUCGCUCAGGACAAUUCUCCCGCCGCCUGUGGGGGUCCACACGCCGCAUCUCUCAGGUGUCUGCGGGCGAGACAGAAUACAACCCCAAAAGCGAGGUUUCGGGCAAAUGAGACGUACCCAUGAGGGAUGCUCGUGGAGACGCUGGACGCUGAUUUACGGCUUUCUUUUUACAAGCCUGGGAAGACUUCCUCAAGCCUGGGAUCUUUCCGAGACGGAGCAACUGAACACUCAGCACUUUUUUUUUUGGAGGCUUUUUUCCAAUUCAGGAAGCAUUUUAUAUUUGAUUGUGUCCUGUCUGUUUUUAAUCAGCGUCAUUCCAAAGAGUGAGUUUGCUCUUGUGUCAGACUGCACACACACACACACACACACACACACACAUGUCACUAUUUUCCAGUUGCUGUGCCAAUGCUUCUUUAAAAAAAAAAAAACUCCUGCAAACUUGAAACUUUUUUUAGUUAGUUCCAUCCUGCAAUACCAGUGACCACCACCAGAGGGCCACUAGUGCCUAAAGUUCAAAUAACCCUGCUAGGCCUGGGGUUCCCAAACUUUACCAACUCAGGGCCCACUUGAAAAUCUAAAAAAUGUCUUAGGCCUAUAAAUAUUUUUUUAAUCAUGCAAUAAAUAUUUUAAAAAUUAAAUUAAAUUAAAUUAAAUUAAAUUAAAUUAAAUUAAAUUAAAUUAAAUUAAAUUAAAUUAAAUUAAAUUAAAUUAAAUUAAAUUAAAUUAAAUUAAAUUAAAUUAAAUUAAAUUAAAUUAAAUUAAAUUAAAUUAAAUUAAAUUAAAUUAAAUUAAAUUAAAUUAUUCAUUCAUUCAUUUUCUACCGCUUUUCCUCACAAGGGUCGCAGGCGUGCUGGAGCCUAUCCCAGCUGUCUUUGGGCGAGAGGCGGGGUACACCCUGGACUCUUCACCAGCCAAUCACAGGGCACAGGGCAAAUUAAAUUAAAUUAAAUUAAAUUAAAUUAAAUUAAAUUAAAUUAAAUUAAAUUAAAUUAAAUUAAAUUAAAUUAAAUUAAAUUAAAUUAAAUUAAAUUAAAUUAAAUUAAAUUAAAUUAAAUUAAAUUAAAUUAAAUUGGUGGCCAUGCAGCCAAUCACAGGGCACAUAUAGACAAACAACCAUUCACACCCACAAAUUUAAAAUUAAAUUAAAUUACAUUAAAUUAAAUUAAUUGGCAUAUUUAGUUGACAUAUUCUCGAUAUCCAGUGUUGUAAUGUUAUUAUUCAUAGUUCAUAUUGUUGCUGCAGAUGGACUACCCAGCAUGCCUUGUGGGCAUUUGGAAAUUAAUUAAUUAAUUCAUUCAUUCAUUCAUUUUCUACCGCUUUUCCUCACGAGUGUCGCGGGGGUGCUGGAGCCUAUCCCAGCUGUCUUUGGGCGAGAGGCGGGGUACACCCUGGACUGGUCGCCAGCCAAUCACAGGGCACAUAUAGACAAACAACCAUUCACACCCACAAAUUUAAAAUUAAAUUAAAUUAAAUUACAUUAAAUUACAUUAAAUUAAAUUAAUUGGCAUAUUUAGUUGACAUAUUCUCGAUAUCCAGUGUUGUAAUGUUAUUAUUCAUAGUUCAUAUUGUUGCUGCAGAUGGACUACCCAGCAUGCCUUGUGGGCAUUUGGAAAUUCAUUCAUUCAUUCAUUCAUUCAUUUUCUACAUUUCCUCACGAGGGUCGCGGGGGGGUGCUGGAGCCUAUCCCAGCUGUCUUUGGGCGAGAGGCGGGGUACACCCUGGACUGGUGGCCAGCCAAUCACAGGGCACAUAUAGACAAACAACCAUUCACACUCACAAAUUUUAAAUUAAAUUAAAUAAUUUAAUAAUUUAAUAAUUUAAUAAUUAAAUUAAAUUAAAUUAAAUUAAAUUAAAUUAAAUUAAAUUAAAUUAAAUUAAAUUAAAUUAAAUUAAAUUGUGCAAAAAUGAAUCAUAUUUUUAAUGACCUCUCAUGGCCCACUUGCAGUACCACCACGGCCCACCAGGGGGCUUUGGGAAUGACACUUUGGAAAUCACUGAUCCAGGCUGUUACAAUAAAGCAAGACACGUGCUUUAAUGGUCACGUAUGUGAAAUAUAUUCCCUGUAUGAGAUCAUGCUAUGGAAUUAACUUUUGCUUUACACUAUGAAGUCAACACCUGCUCUUAUUAUUCUCUGCUUGUUUCAUAUUCAACCCAAGCGGUGCCUUUUAUUUUUUUUAUCUUGCGUCUAAGCAUAUAAACACUGAUUGCAAUCAUCUGUCACGCCAGAUUCAUACACACACACACACACACACACACACACACGCUAUGCCUCACAUGUGCGGAACAUGGUUUUAAUCAAGUCAAGUGCUGCUUAUGCGUUUGGUUAUGAACAUCCGAUGCCGGAAUGCUUUUGCUGUGGUCAGGAGAUGCUAGUUGCUAUGCGGCAUCUCCACAAAGGGGAACUGGUCGGGGGUCCAUGUGGCAGGAAAAAAUUUUAAAAAACGCCCCCAAAAAACUGGAUCCAUUGUUGAGGCAGAGAAGAAGUCAAGUCUUGAUGCCUUUUUAUUUUUGUGAAUGAAUGUAAUAUAUGGCCUUGCUAUGCAUUAUCGUUUAUCACGUUUCUUAAAAUGCAAUCUAUGAGAUAUUAGUGUAAAUAUAUUGUAUAUAAUAAUAUAAUAUUCCUGGUGUUUGUCAUUUAACUUAAAGCUUUGGACCAGCACUGCCUUUUGUCAUUUCUAAGGAUUCACACUUUGUAUUGUGUCUUCUUUUUGUGACCUUCUAUAAUACACUUUACUUGUUUACACUUUUACUCGCCCCCGGAUGUUUCUGGAUCCAUUACAGAAAGACUUCCAGGUCCUGAAUACAGUAAAACGGCCCCGGACCAUCACACUACCUCCACCG